AGUGAAACAGAACGCUGCAUUCAAAGUGACAUAAAAAUGAUAUGAUGCAGUGCAAAAACCUGAAUGAAAAGAAAAGCUAUAAAAGAUCACAGAGUUGUCUGUGGUGGUCAGAGAGAAUGGAAACACUGCUGAGCUCAGAGAUGCAUCUCCACCCACACAUCAGCACACACGCUCACACAGUGCAGCUCGUGCAGCUCAGAGUGAAAUCACUGAGUGAGAGUGAGGACACUUUCACCUUGCCUCUGCCAUUUUAAGUCGAGCUGUGGUCCUCGUGUUCAUCUUUAGCGUGACCUUCCACCUAAGUGUGCGUGUUGGAGCAUGAUGUGGCUACCUGGACCUGCGGUGCUGCUGCUGGUGACUUUGUUUGUGUCGUCUGCUCAGGACAAAGCUCCUGUAGAGGUCCGUUACUUGUCGCAAACCAUCACGUCUCCCAGCGGCUCAUCAAUCAAACUAACCUGCAACGCUCAUUAUUACGUCGAGCUCUGCAGCCUGCUGCAUGUUGCGUGGUAUCAUAUCACGAAGCAAAGUGUUGAGCUGACUGACCCGCGCAGGUACCUCACCACAGUAAACGAGACCACCAUCUCUGAUGACAACAUGAGACAUAGACAGGUCGUGACGGAGAUACUCAACCUGACACCAGAGGACGCCGGACAAUUUCAAUGCACGGCUGAAUGUGAUAAAGAGUCAGAGACGGUGGCGGGACAUUACAUCUGGAUCACUGUCAUAGGUUGAUCAGCGCACUGAGUUGACUCACAAAGGAUUAAAGUCGUCCAACAGGCUGAGCUGCACCAGGCUGAAUUUUACAAAAGCAUCUUUAUUUUAUUUUAAGUAAAUGGAAGAAAUUCCACAAAGUCUUUUUGUUUGUUUUAUCCUCUAUUGUAACUGCUUUAGUGGCCUUUGCUCAGCAGAUUAAAGAUCCACUACCUGACUCUGUCCACUGCUUUAAGACGUUAGUCAGACAGCUCAUGUUACUUAGGUAGAAGUAAAUGACGUUUUCCUUCAGCAUAUAAAAACCCAAACAGCAUUGUUAAUUCAUUUAACAUGACUAUUGACUGUGUAAUCUGCUGAAUACAAACGUUUCUAUUAAGACAGGAGAAACAUCUGGUCCAGAAAUGAUUUCACAGAGGUAACAGAGGCAUCCUGAAUUUUAAAAGCAGAAAGUUUGUCACUGUUACACCGUAUCUAAUUAUGUCCAAAGGUGUGGGCUAUCAGCAGAUCAGAACAGGAAUGAAUUUGGAUAUCAUGACGUCAUUAGACGUGAUUUGUACUAUAUGUUGUGAAACAAUGUAAAUUUGUCAACCGCCAGCAUUUUGCCAUAUAAAUAAAAGGUUGUAUUGUGCAAUAA